AUGGAGCUGGCGGAAGGGAAGAAGAUCUCCUGCAAUAAACUCCUCGCCUUCCUACUCUUCAGCUUCGUCUUCAGCUGCUGUCUCUUUGUUUCUUUUUAUCAGUUCAGGACUUCUGUGCCAGAGUAUCACAAUUCCGGUCCCUUUGAGCAAAUAGCCCACGAUGGAAAUGCCAGCACCGCACCAAGGGGUGACCGCAGGCUGACCAUCCUGCUGUGGACUUGGCCCUUUGGGCAACACUUUGACUUCUUAAACUGCUCAGAGCUCUACGACAUCCCCAACUGCCACUUCACCGUCGACCACAGCUGGUCCCAAAAGGCUGAUGCUGUGAUUAUGCAUCACAGGGAUGUGUACCGGGACGUGGCGGGGCUGGCCCGGCUCCCCAGACUCCCGUCCCAGCUCUGGAUCUGGUUCAACCUGGAGUCUCCAAGUCACUCUCCAAACUUAGGUGCCAUGGACAACCUCUUCAACCUGACCAUGUCCUACCGGAGAGACUCGGACAUCUUCACCCCUUAUGGGCAGCUGCAGCUCCUCAGCCAGCCCCAGCCCCUCAGCAUCCCGCCCAAGACCAAGCUGGUGGCCUGGGUGGUCAGCAACUGGAAAGCUGACUCCCACCGGGUGAAGUACUACCAGGAGCUGAGGAAACACAUCUCUGUGGACAUCUACGGGAGGUAUCACUUGCCCCUGUCCUGGGACAAGCUGCUUCCCACUCUAUCCCAGUACAGCUUCUACCUGGCUUUCGAGAACUCACAGCAUGAAGACUACAUCACCGAGAAGCUCUGGAGGAACGCCUUGUCCUCUGGCACCGUCCCUGUCGUGUUGGGGCCUCCUCGAGAAAACUACGAGCGCUUCUUGCCCCCUGACUCCUUCAUCCAUGUCGAUGACUUUGCCAGCGCUGAGGGCCUGGCGCGGUACCUGCGGGAGCUGAGCGAGGACCCUGAGAGAUACCAGCGCUACUUCCAGUGGCGCAGGUGGUUGAAACCCGUGCUGGGGGGCGGCUGGGGCCCGCAGGUCUGCAGAGCUUGUCACUUCUUGCAGACGACGGAGACCAGGUACCGGGUUGUGCCCGAUCUGUCCGAGUGGUUCGUGUAA